UCCGGUGUUCUGCACUUCGCCCUGCCAUUUGCCGUCUGUUCGCUGUGCACACCUACAGGAUCACGUUCGAUUAUUUUGUUUGUUAACUUGCAGAAGUGCAGGCAAUAUGGCUAACUUGCAAGAAGUUUCCAGCAACAAAAUUUUUGGUGGAUAUCAAAAGGUUUACAGCCACGAAAGUACUGAGCUGAAAUGUGUCAUGAGGUUUGCAGUCUACCUGCCACCUGCUGCAGAAACUGGGAAGGUUCCUGUACUUUACUGGCUGUCAGGAUUAACUUGCACAGAGCAGAACUUCAUCACCAAAGCAGGAGUGCAGAAAUAUGCUUCAGAACUUGGACUCAUCAUUGUGGCCCCAGAUACUAGCCCACGUGGUAUCGGGAUCCAGGGAGAAGAUGACAGUUAUGACUUUGGCACUGGUGCAGGCUUUUAUGUUGAUGCCACACAAGACAAGUGGAAAAACAACUACAGGAUGUAUUCCUAUGUCACACGUGAGCUGCCAAAACUGAUCAGUACUAACUUCCCCACAAUUCCUGACAGACAGUCAAUAUUUGGACACAGCAUGGGUGGUCAUGGUGCUUUGAUUCUGGCUCUUAAGAACCCUGGAAUGUUUCGCUCUGUGAGUGCAUUUGCUCCAAUCUGCAAUCCUAUCAAAUGUCCUUGGGGUCAGAAGGCAUUCACAGGUUACCUGGGCACUGACACUCAGAUGUGGGAGCAAUAUGAUGCAACGUCUUUGAUUGCUAAAUACAGUGGUCCAUCCCUGGAGCUGUUUGUUGAUCAGGGUAAAGAAGACAAUUUUCUAUCAGAUGGUCAACUUCUGCCUGACAGACUGAUGGAGGCCUGCACAGUCAACAAGGUUCCCAUUAUUCUUCGCAUGCAAGAGGGAUAUGACCACAGCUAUUAUUUUAUUGCCACUUUCAUUGAAGACCAUGUUCGUCAUCAUGCCAAAUUUCUCAAGGUUUAAGACUUUUUGCAGAUUGAAGACUGACUUACCUGCUAUUUUUUCUAAGCUUCCCGGACAGAACCACCUGCAACUUUUAAAGGGCUCACAGCGUUUUAAGGUUCAGAUUUUCUAAUAUAUCAUGAGAAGGAAAUAAUUGAAAUUUAAACAAUGUGUGCAUGAGUUAUUGAAUAUAAGUAAGUGGAAAUCCUUAAGGUGCAGUGUGAUUAGAGUGAGAGUAAAUAUAUUUUUGUUUUUAGAGAAAAAUGUCAAACUGGUCAUAAAUUAUUUGUGGCUGACAAAUUUAUGUUUACACGACCAGCAUAAAUAUUACAGGUCUGUUUUACAGCUUUCCUAAAGGGUAAUUGUCCUUAGUGUGUUGGUCGUGUGUGUGUGUUGGGUGUACUGUAAUUAUAAUUAGAGUUGAGAUCAGCCAAUUAGUGUUCAGGCAGUAUGUCAGAGCUUACAAGCAUAACUCUCAGUAGAGUGAUGUGGCGACAAGGAAAGCUGGUAUAAUUAGAUAUCAUUAUUAUAUAGAAAGCUCUGAUAAUGUUAAAUGCACUGUUGUUGAAUUACAUUAUUUUCAUUUAGAUAAAUUGUUUUAUUACUGCUUAAAUGACUGCACACAUUGUCAUUUCUCAGUUUUAAUUAGUUUCACUACUAAAAUGUGAAAAUUGAAAUAUGAUUUUUAUGUGUGAUUCAGUGCAUAUGCUGCAAUAACAAUAAUACUUUAUAUCAUAAUGUGUCCAUUUGUUUGUGAGAGUAUAUGCGAAAAAUGUGUUAAAAAAAUAAAA